UCAAGUAACACAGGAAACUCCUCCAGUAGCAUCAACUGGUUUUAGGAAGGGGAAUAAGCAAUUUAAAAGAUCAAAACAACAAAAGCCCCCAAAGCACCUUCUCCAAGAGUUUGAAACUGCGAGUGAACGCACGGUGGCGCUGUUGACUAAGAAGGAGAAUUAAACCACAGGCACUGUGCGUACUCAGUAACGCACCGAUCCGGUACCGUACACCAGGAGUUGUGAGCUUGGGCAGAUUUAAAGCAAGCAAAUCUGAGCGCUGGAAGGGAUUAUCUGCUAGAUCUUCUCCAAAGGUUGGGAGGCAAAAGACUUUGCAUUUCCCAGCGCUGUCGGAGGCUCAGCUUGGCAAUAUUUCUUGGAAGAACAUGGCAGAAAAUGAAAUGGAGGCCGGAGGGGAGCGAUUUCUUAGACAAAGGCAAGUCCUGUUUCUCUUUGUUUUUCUUGGUGGGUUUCUGGCUGGGUCCGAAUCGAGACGCUACUCUGUGGCUGAGGAGAAAGAGAGGGGCUUUUUAAUAACCAACCUAGCAAAGGAUUUGGGGCUGAGUGCAGGGGAAUUGGCCGUAAGGGGGGCCCAAGUUGUGUCUAAAGGGAACAGACAGCCUAUUCAGCUCAACCAUCAGACUGGUGAUUUGCUCCUACAUGAGAAACUGGACCGGGAGGAGCUAUGCGGCCCCACAGAGCCAUGUAUACUGCAUUUUCAGAUUUUACUGCAAAACCCUUUGCAGUUUAUUCCAAAUGAGCUCCAGGUCAUAGAUGUAAAUGACCAUUCUCCAGUAUUUUUUGAAAAUGAGAUGCAGCUGAAAAUCCCAGAAAGCACUCCACCAGGAACAAUCAUUCCACUGGGAAAUGCUGAGGACGUGGACGUGGGAAGAAACGGUCUCCAAAACUACACGAUCACUCCUAAUCCCCACUUCCACAUUCUCACAAACAGCCGUAGGGAUGGAAGGAAGUACCCAGAAUUAGUGCUGGACAAAGCGCUGGACCGUGAAGAGCAGCCGCAGUUCAGUUUAACGCUCACGGCGCUGGAUGGCGGGUCGCCACCCAGGUCUGGCAACGUUCAGCUCCACAUCCUGGUCUUAGACAUAAACGACAACGCCCCAGAAUUUACACAGUCGCUCUAUGAGGUUGAAGUUCUAGAGAACAGCCCCGUUAACUCUGUUAUUGUCACUGUCUCAGCUUCUGAUUUGGAUACAGGAAAUUUUGGGACAAUAUCAUACUCAUUUGCUCAUGCUUCUGAAGAAAUUACCAAAACCUUUCAACUAAAUCCCAUUACUGGUGAUAUCCAACUAAUCAAAUACUUGAAUUUUGAGGCAAUUAAUAGUUAUGAGUUUGACAUAGAAGCCAAGGAUGGUGGAGGCCUUACAGGAAAAUCAACGGUAAUAGUUCAGGUAGUUGAUGUCAAUGACAACCCACCAGAGCUGACCUUGUCGUCAAUUACCAGCCCUAUCCCGGAAAACUCGCCAGAGACGGUGGUGGCCGUUUUCAGUGUUUCCGAUCCAGACUCUGGGGACAAUGGGAGAAUGAUGUGUUCCAUCCAGAACAAUCUCCCCUUUGUCCUAAAACCAUCUGUAGAAAACUUUUACACCCUAGUGUCCGAAGGAGCUCUGGACAGAGAGAGCCAGGCCGAGUACAACAUCACCAUCACCGUCACCGACAUGGGGACCCCCAGGCUGAAAACCCAGCACAACAUCACCCUGCUGGUCUCCGACGUCAACGACAACGCCCCCGCCUUCACCCAAACCUCCUACACCCUGUUCCUCCGCGAGAACAACAGCCCCGCCCUGCACAUCGGCAGCGUCAGCGCCACAGACAGAGACGCGGGCGCCAACGCCCAGCUCACCUACUCGCUGCUGCCGCCCCACGACCCGCAGCUGCCCCUGGCCUCGCUGGUGUCCAUCAACGCGGACAACGGCCACCUGUUCGCCCUGAGGGCGCUGGACUUCGAGGCGCUGCAGGCGUUCGAGUUCCGCGUGGGCGACGCGGCCAAGCACAGGCUGCUGGUGCUGGUCAAGGACAAUGGCGAGCCCGCGCUGUCUGCCAGCGUCACGCUGCACGUGCUGCUGGUGGAUGGCUUCUCGCAGCCCUACCUGCCGCUGCCGGAAGUGGCGGCCGACCAGGCGCAGGCCGACCCGCUGACCGUGUACCUGGUCAUCGCGUUGGCGUCGGUGUCGUCGCUGUUCCUGUUCUCGGUGCUGGCGUUCAUCGCGGUGCGGCUGUGCAGGCGGAGCAGGGCCGCCUGGGUGGGUGGCUGCUCGGUGCCUGAGGGCCACUUUCCGGGCCACCUGGUGGACGUCAGCGGCACAGGAACCCUGUCCCAGAGCUACCAGUAUGAGGUGUGUCUGAUGGGUGGCUCAGGGACCAGCGAGUUCAAGUUCCUCAAACCGAUUUUCCCCAAUGGUCUGGUUGAAGACAUUGAGCAAGAGUAGUGCAAAACUGCAAUUGCAGGAAUAGCUUAGGUUUCAUUAAUAGAAGAAUAAAAAAUAGUUAUUUGGCUAUGAAUACUUUCUUUCAAA